AUGCAGAACAAGAUCUCAGACGCCAUCAAGAAAGACCACCGUGAGCUGGAGCAAUACUACCAGAUCAUCAUCAACUCUGUCGACCCGGGUGAGAAGACCAAGUACCAGAAUGCGUUUGUCUGGGAGCUCGCCCGUCACUCCGUAGGCGAGGAGCUGGUCCUGUAUCCUGCCAUGGAGCGUGUUAUGGGCGACGAAGGCACUAAGCUGACGGAGAAGGACAGAAAGGAGCACCAGCUCGUCAAGGAGCAACUGAAGGUGUUUCAGGGAACGGAUGCGACGGAUCCCAACUUCAUGGAUCUGAUCAAGGGGCUAAUGGGCAACCUGUCCGACCACAUCAAGGAGGAAGAGAGCAUCGACCUAGUCAAGAUCGAGGAGAAGCUGGAUCCCGAGGAGAGCGACCAGAUGGCGACCUCCUUUGAGCGGACAAAGAUGUUUGUCCCUACGCGGUCUCAUCCCAGUGCGCCGAACAAGCCGCCAUUUGAAACCGCUGUGGGACUGCUGGCUGCUCCCAUUGACAAGGUAGCCGAUCUCUUCAGGUCUUUCCCUUAG